GCGGGCCACCUCGGGAAGAUGGCGCAGAGUGUGCUGCGGAGCGCGGUGCGCGGAGCGGCGGCGCUGCCCAGGCUGAGGGCAUCCCUUGCGGCCAGGGUCUGCAGGCCUGGGCUCAGCUCCUUGUCCAGUCACAAGUAUGUGCCCCGCAGGGCAGUGCUGUACGUGCCUGGGAACGAUGAGAAGAAGAUAAGGAAGAUCCCAUCCUUGAAUGUAGACUGUGCAGUGCUGGACUGCGAGGACGGGGUGGCCGGAAACAAGAAGACUGAAGCCCGAUUGAGAAUAGCAGAGACUCUUGACGACUUUGACCUGGGCAGAACAGAAAAGUGUGUGAGAAUCAACUCUGUGUCCAGUGGUCUGGUGGAAGCCGACCUAGAGACACUUCUGCAGGCCAGAGCUCUUCCCUCUAGCCUGAUGCUGCCAAAGGUAGAAGGCCCUGAAGAAAUCCAGUGGUUUUCAGACAAAUUUUCAUUCCACUUAAAAGGCCGAAAACUUGAACAGCCAAUGAAUUUAAUCCCCUUUGUGGAAACUGCAAUGGGUUUGCUCAAUCUUAAGGCCGUGUGUGAAGAGGCACUGAAGACCGGGCCUCCAGUGGGUCUUUUCCUGGAUGCAAUCGUUUUUGGAGGAGAAGACUUUCGAGCCAGCAUAGGUGCAACAAGCAAUAAGGACAGCCAGGACAUCCUCUACGCCCGGCAGAAGGUUGUGGUGGUGGCGAAGGCCUUUGGCCUACAAGCCAUAGACCUCGUCUACAUUGACUUCCGGGAUACAGACGGACUUCUCAGGCAGUCGAGAGAAGCAGCCUCCAUGGGCUUCACCGGUAAACAGGUGAUCCACCCUAGCCAGAUCUCUGUGGUACAAGAACAAUUUACUCCAGCCCCGGAAAAAGUUCAGUGGGCUGAAGAGCUGAUUGCCGCCUUCAGAGAACACCAGCAGCUGGGAAAGGGAGCCUUUACUUUCCGAGGAAGCAUGAUCGACAUGCCCUUACUGAAGCAGGCCCAGAACACUGUUACGCUUGCCACAUCCAUCAAGGAAAAGUGAUCUGCUAAAUGAAGCCCUCCUCAGGCGGCCUGAGUGGAUGCAGUGGGUUUCUAAAGACAGACCACAGACCACAGUCCCCAAGGCAGCGUGCUAGCAUGCCCGGCCAGGCCCUGGCUUCAUGUACAGCUCACGUUAGUCACAGCCCCCUCGCCCCUGUGCCCUACUGACCAGUUAUUCCAAAAAUAAACUCUCUUCCUUUGGAGUCUGA